AUGGCUACCAGACCAGGGAUCCUCAUUGACUGGCAGCCUCUUGGGAGCUUUAAGUACAUGAUUUUGGCUCCAUGGGCGGUUCAUAGCACUUACUCGUUCAUGGUAAAGGGUGAAAGUGAGAGAGACAUCUUCAACAUCCUUAUACUUCCAUUCCUUUUGUCGAGGAUGCUGCACAAUCAAAUAUGGAUUUCUCUAGCACGUUACCGAACAGCCAAUGGCAAUCAUCGGAUCGUGGACAAAGGUAUUGAAUUCGAGCAGGUUGAUAGACAAAGGAAUUGGGAUGACCAGAUCUUGUUGAAUGGAAUAUUAUUUUACGUAUUGUAUAUGAUUCUUCCUGGGACUCAUAACAUGCCAUUCUGGAGAAGCGAUGGUGUGGUUAUCAUAAGUCUUAUUCAUGCGGGUCCAAUGGAGUUCCUCUACUACUGGUUUCACAGAGCAUUGCACCACCACUACCUCUACUCUUGCUACCAUUUCUCACCACCAUUCUUCCAUUGUAACUGA